UGCCCCCUCUGCAGUCCCCCCGCCCCUCUUCUCCCACCACAAUGAGAUCCUAAGAUGGCGGUGGCUGCGGCGGUUGGCGCUGCGUAGCUGAGGUCGAAAAGGCGGCCAUUGGGGCCAAGGCAGCCAGGAAACGUGUGGGCCUCUCUGCUGCGGUCUCCAAGGGCUGACCGCUGCCGGUGGCGGGUCGUGGGGGCUGACCGCCGCUCCGCCCUUGACGGGAGAGGCUGCUGCUUGUAGAGGAAACAGCUUUGAAGUGUGGAGCAGGAAAGGAGCAGUUUCUGAGCUGCAAAAACUAGUUUCUAAACAGAGAGUUAAUUGUUAAAGCCAGUAUGGCCACAGGAGGAGGUCCUUUUGAAGAUGGCAUGAAUGAUCAGGAUUUACCAAAUUGGAGCAAUGAGAAUGUUGAUGACAGGCUCAACAAUAUGGAUUGGGGUGGCCAACAGAAGAAAGCAAAUAGAUCAUCAGAAAAGAAUAAGAAAAAGUUUGGUGUAGAAAGUGAUAAAAGAGUAACUAAUGAUAUUUCUCCGGAGUCGUCACCAGGAGCUGGAAGGCGAAGAACGAAGACUCCACAUACAUUCCCACACAGUAGAUACAUGAGUCAGAUGUCUGUCCCAGAGCAGGCAGAAUUAGAGAAACUGAAACAGCGGAUAAACUUCAGUGAUUUAGAUCAGAGAAGCAUUGGAAGUGAUUCUCAAGGUAGAGCAACAGCUGCUAACAACAAACGUCAGCUUAGUGAAAACCGAAAGCCCUUCAACUUUUUGCCUAUGCAGAUUAAUACUAACAAGAGCAAAGAUGCAUCUACAAGUCCCCCAAACAGAGAAACGAUUGGAUCAGCACAAUGUAAAGAGUUGUUUGCUUCUGCUCUAAGUAAUGACCUCUUGCAAAACUGUCAGGUGUCUGAAGAAGAUGGGAGGGGAGAACCUGCAAUGGAGAGCAGCCAGAUUGUAAGCAGGCUUGUUCAAAUUCGUGAUUAUAUUACUAAAGCUAGUUCCAUGCGGGAAGAUCUUGUAGAGAAAAAUGAGAGAUCUGCUAAUGUUGAGCGCCUUACUCAUCUAAUAGAUCACCUUAAAGAACAAGAGAAGUCAUAUAUGAAAUUUCUUAAAAAAAUCCUUGCUAGAGAAAAUGAGGAGGAGGAUGUUCGGACUAUAGAUUCAGCUGUGGGAUCUGGUUCUGUAGCUGAGAGCACAUCGCUAAACAUAGAUGUGCAGUCUGAGGCUUCAGAUACCACGGCCAGAGAUCCUCAGCAGGAGCCUAUGGAAGAGAUAGAAAAUUUGAAGAAACAACAUGAUUUAUUAAAAAGAAUGUUACAACAACAGGAGCAACUAAGAGCUCUACAGGGACGGCAGGCUGCGCUUCUAGCUCUGCAACAUAAAGCAGAGCAAGCUAUUGCAGUGAUGGAUGAUUCUGUUGUUGCAGAAACCGCAGGUAGCUUAUCUGGCGUCAGUAUCACAUCUGAACUAAAUGAAGAACUGAAUGACUUAAUUCAGCGUUUUCAUAAUCAGCUUCGUGAUUCUCAGCCUCCAGCUGUUCCAGACAAUAGAAGACAGGCAGAAAGUCUUUCAUUAACUAGGGAGGUUUCCCAGAGCAGGAAUCCAUCAGCUUCAGAACGUUUACCUGAUGAGAAAGUCCAAUUGUUUAGCAAAAUGAGAGUGCUGCAGGAAAAGAAACAAAAAAUGGACAAAUUGCUUGGAGAACUUCAUACACUUCGAGAUCAGCAUCUUAACAAUUCAUCAUCCUCUCCACAAAGGAGUAUGGAUCAGAGAAGUACUUCAGCUCCCUCUGCUCCUGUAGGCUUGGCACCGGUUGUCAAUGGAGAGUCCAGUAGCCUCACAUCAUCUGGUCCUUAUCCUGCUGCUGCUUUAGUCUCUCAGAAUGAGAGUGAAAAUGAAGUCCAUCUCAAUCCAUCUGAAAAACUCCAAAAGUUAAAUGAAGUUCGAAAGAGAUUGAAUGAGCUAAGAGAAUUAGUUCAUUAUUAUGAACAAACAUCAGACAUGAUGACAGAUGCUGUGAAUGAAAACAGGAAAGAUGAAGAAACUGAAGAGUCAGAAUAUGAUUCUGAGCAUGAAAAUUCUGAGCCUGUUACUAACAUUCGAAAUCCACAAGUAGCUUCCACUUGGAAUGAAGUAAAUAGUAAUAGUAAUGUACAAUGUGUUUCUAAUAAUAGAGAUGGGAGAACAGUUAAUUCUAAUUGUGAAAUUAACAACAGAUCUGCUGCCAACAUAAGGGCUCUAAAUGUGCCUCCUUCUUUAGAUUGUCGAUAUAAUAGAGAAGGAGAACAGGAGAUUCAUGUUGCACAAGGUGAAGAUGAUGAGGAAGAGGAGGAAGAAGCAGAGGAGGAGGGAGUCAGUGGAGCUUCGUUAUCUAGUCACAGGAGCAGUCUGGUUGAUGAGCAUCCGGAAGAUGCUGAAUUUGAACAGAAGAUCAACAGACUUAUGGCUGCAAAACAGAAACUUAGACAGUUACAAGAUCUUGUUGCUAUGGUACAGGAUGAUGAUGCAGCUCAAGGAGUUAUCUCUGCCAAUAUGUCAAAUUUGGAUGACUUCUACCCAGCAGAAGAAGACACCAAGCAAAAUUCAAAUAACACUAGAGGAAAUGCCAAUAAAACACAGAAAGAUACUGGAGUAAAUGAAAAGACGAGAGAGAAAUUUUAUGAGGCUAAACUACAGCAGCAACAGAGAGAGCUAAAACAGUUGCAGGAAGAAAGAAAGAAACUGAUUGACAUUCAGGAGAAAAUUCAAGCAUUGCAAAUGGCAUGCCCUGACUUACAGCUGUCAGCUGCUAGUGCGGGUAAUUGUCCCACCAAAAAAUAUAUGCCAGCUGUUACUUCCACCCCAACUGUUAAUCAACACGAGACCAGUACAAGCAAAUCUGUUUUUGAGCCUGAAGAUUCUUCAAUAGUAGAUAAUGAGUUGUGGUCAGAAAUGAGAAGACAUGAAAUGUUGAGGGAAGAGCUGCGACAGAGAAGAAAGCAGCUUGAAGCUCUGAUGGCUGAACAUCAGAGGAGGCAAGGUCUAGCUGAAACUGCAUCUCCAGUGGCUGUGUCAUUGAGAAGUGAUGGAUCUGAGAAUCUAUGUACUCCUCAGCAAAGUAGAACAGAAAAAACAAUGGCAACUUGGGGAGGGUCUACCCAGUGUGCACUAGAUGAAGAAGGAGAUGAAGACGGUUACCUUUCUGAAGGAAUUGUUCGGACAGAUGAAGAGGAGGAAGAAGAGCAAGAUGCCAGUUCCAACGAUAACUUUUCUGUGUAUCCUUCUAACAGUGUGAAUCAUAACUCCUACAGUGGAAAGGAAACUAAAAAUAGGUGGAAGAACAAUUGCCCUUUUUCAGCAGAUGAAAAUUAUCGUCCUUUAGCCAAGACAAGGCAACAGAAUAUCAGCAUGCAACGGCAAGAAAACCUCCGUUGGGUGUCAGAGCUCUCUUACGUAGAAGAGAAAGAACAAUGGCAAGAACAAAUCAAUCAGCUGAAGAAACAGCUUGAUUUUAGUGUCAAUAUUUGUCAGACUUUGAUGCAAGACCAGCAGACUCUAUCUUGUCUGCUACAAACUCUUCUCACGGGUCCUUACAGUGUUAUGCCCAGCAAUGUUGCAUCUCCUCAAGUACACUUCAUAAUGCACCAGUUGAACCAGUGCUACACUCAGCUAACAUGGCAACAGAAUAAUGUUCAGAGGUUGAAACAAAUGUUAAAUGAGCUUAUGCGCCAACAAAAUCAGCAUCCAGAAAAACCUGGAAGCAAGGAAAGAGGCAGUAGUGCAUCGCACCCUCCUUCUCCCAGUCUAUUUUGUCCUUUCAGCUUUCCAACACAGCCUGUAAAUCUCUUCAAUAUACCUGCAUUUACUAACUUUUCAUCAUUUGCACCAGGUAUGAAUUUCAGCCCUUUAUUUCCUUCUAAUUUCGGAGAUUUUUCUCAGAAUAUCUCUACACCCAGUGAACAGCAGCAACCCUUAGCCCAGAAUUCUUCAGGAAAAACAGAAUAUAUGGCUUUUCCAAAACCUUUUGAAAGCAGUUCCUCUAUUGGAGCAGAGAAACCAAGGAAUAAAAAACUGCCUGAAGAGGAGGUGGAAAGCAGUAGGACACCAUGGUUAUAUGACCAAGAAGGUGAAGUAGAGAAACCGUUUAUCAAGACUGGAUUUGCAGUGUCUGUAGAAAAAUCUACAAAUAGUAACCGCAAAAAUCAAGUAGAUACAAACGGAAGAAGACGCCAUUUUGAUGAAGAAUCAUUGGAAAGCUUUAGCAGUAUGCCUGAUCCAGUAGAUCCAACAACAGUGACUAAAACAUUCAAGACAAGAAAAGCAUCUGCACAGGCCAGCCUGGCAUCUAAAGAUAAAACUCCCAAGUCAAAAAGUAAGAAGAGGAAUUCUACUCAGCUGAAGAGCAGAGUUAAAAACAUCAGGUAUGAAAGUGCCAGUAUGUCUAGCACAUGUGAACCUUGCAAAAGUAGGAACAGACAUUCAGCCCAGACUGAAGAGCCUGUUCAAGCAAAAGUAUUCAGCAGAAAGAAUCAUGAGCAACUGGAAAAAAUAAUAAAAUGUAAUAGGUCUACAGAAAUAUCUUCAGCACAUGCUAGGAGAAUACUACAGCAGUCUAACAGAAAUGCAUGCAAUGAACCGCCAGAAACUGGGAGUGAUUUUUCCAUGUUUGAAGCUUUGCGAGAUACUAUUUAUUCUGAAGUAGCUACAUUAAUUUCUCAAAAUGAAUCUCGUCCACAUUUUCUUAUUGAACUCUUCCAUGAGCUUCAGCUACUUAAUACAGACUACUUGAGACAGAGGGCUUUAUAUGCAUUGCAGGACAUAGUAUCCAGACAUAUUUCUGAGAGCCAUGAAAAAGGAGAAAAUGUAAAGUCAGUAAACUCUGGUACUUGGAUAGCGUCAAACUCAGAACUUACUCCUAGUGAGAGCCUUGCUACUACUGAUGAUGAAACUUUUGAGAAGAACUUUGAAAGAGAAACACAUAAAAUAAGUGAGCAGAAUGAUGCUGAUAAUGCUAGUGUCCUGUCUGUAUCAUCAAAUUUUGAGCCUUUUGCAACAGAUGAUCUAGGUAACACCGUGAUUCACUUAGAUCAAGCAUUAGCCAGAAUGAGGGAAUAUGAGCGCAUGAAGACUGAGGCUGAAAGUAACUCAAAUAUGAGAUGCACCUGCAGGAUUAUUGAGGAUGAAGAUGGUGCUGAUGCAAGUACUACAGUUAAUAAUUUAGAAGAAACUCCCAUUAUUGAAAAUCAUAGUUCACAACAACCUGUAAGUGAAGUUUCUACCGUCCCAUGUCCUAGAAUUGAUACUCAGCAGCUGGACCGGCAAAUUAAAGCAAUUAUGAAAGAAGUCAUUCCCUUUUUGAAGGAUUUUUCUCAGGAGCACAUGGAUGAAGUAUGCUCCUCGCAGCUUUUAACUUCAGUAAGGCGCAUGGUUUUGACCCUUACCCAGCAAAAUGAUGAGAGCAAAGAGUUUGUAAAGUUCUUUCAUAAACAACUUGGAAGUAUAUUACAGGAUUCACUGGCAAAAUUUGCUGGCAGAAAACUGAAAGACUGUGGAGAAGAUCUUCUUGUAGAGAUAUCUGAAGUGUUGUUCAAUGAAUUGGCUUUCUUUAAGCUUAUGCAAGAUUUGGAUAAUAAUAGUAUAACUGUUAAACAGAGAUGCAAAAGGAAAAUAGAAGCAGCUGGAGUGAUACAGUCUUACGCCAAAGAGGCCAAAAGGAUUCUUGAAGAUCAUGGCUCACCUGCUGGAGAGAUUGAUGAUGAAGACAAAGACAAGGAUGAAACUGAAACAGUGAAGCAGACUCAAACAUCUGAGGUGUAUGAUGGUCCCAAAAAUAUAAGAUCUGAUAUUUCUGAUCAAGAGGAAGAUGAAGAAAGUGAAGGAUGUCCAGUGUCUAUUAAUUUGUCUAAAGCUGAAACUCAGGCUUUAACUAAUUAUGGAAGUGGAGAAGAUGAAAAUGAGGAAGAAGAAAUGGAAGAAUUUGAAGAAGGCCCCGUGGAUGUCCAGACUUCCCUUCAGGCUAACACUGAAGCUACCGAAGAAAAUGAACAUGAUGAACAGGUCCUACAACAUGACUUUCAGAAGACAGCAGAAAGCAAAAAUGUCCCACUGGAACAAGAAGCCACUAGUAAAGAUGACCAAGAUAACUCUCCUGUGAAACCCUGUUACCUCAAUAUCUUGGAAGAUGAGCAACCUUUAAAUAGUGCUUCCCAUAAGGACUCACCUGCUACUGUUGAUUCAACUCCAGAGCCUAACCCUUUGCCGUUACCUUUACCUGAAAUGGAACCUUUAGUGCCUAGAGUCAAAGAAGUUAAAUCUGCUCAGGAAACUCCUGAAAGCUCUCUGGCUGGAAGUCCUGAUACUGAAUCUCCAGUGUUAGUGAAUGACUAUGAAGCAGAGUCUGGUAAUAUAAGUCAAAAGUCUGAUGAAGAAGAUUUUGUAAAAGUUGAAGAUUUACCACUGAAACUGACAAUAUAUUCAGAGGCAGAUAUAAGGAAGAAAAUGGUAGAAGAAGAACAGAAAAACCAUUUAUCUGGUGAAAUAUGUGAACUGCAGACUGAAGAAUUAGCUGGAAAUUCUCAGACACUAAAAGAACCCGAAACGGUGGGAGCCCAGAGUAUAUGAGAUGUCUUCAGAGGCUCAUCUAACUCUGUCCUUACAUAGUCAAUGCAUAUAUGAAAACAAUACUAAAUAAACAUCUGAUCUGUAUAAAAAUGUAAAUUAGUUUGACACUGCUUUUUUGAUAGGUAUGGUCAUUUCUCCCCAUAGUAGUUUAAAACAUCAGAAACUGAACUCUGGACAGAUUUAAGCCUUGACACACUGUGGUGUGUUUUUUUUGUUUGUUUGUUUGUUUUCCUUCUUUAGUGUUGAUUUUUUUCCCCAUUGUGAUGUUUGGUAACGAAUUUAAAAUGUAGUUUUAAAUAAAGUUUGGACUCAUCUAUAAAGUAUCUUUUUUGGAAAUUAUGUUGAAUUCUAUACAGCAAGUCAAUGUUUUAUAUAAUUUUAGGCUGCUCAGAAAAGAGCAGUGGUUAAGAGUUAGAGAAAUAUAUUAUUUGUUAUAAAGCCCAUCUAUUAGGCCAGUCUUCCAAAUAAUGCCAGUGUUGCUGCUGUUGGGUCUGAUGUUCUUUUAGAUACCUGCAGGUCCUAUUCCUGUACAAGAAUAGGGCAGAUUAUCAAGGUAUCCAGGAUACCUGUGAAGUUACAGAAUAUUUAUUAAUCCAUUGAAAUUGGAUAGUAAGUUUAGAACAUAGGUUCUCAGUAUCUGGAACUUAACUUACAUCGUUAUCUGUUAGGAUUUGAAAUUCUGGAAAAUAUUUAUCUACAUCACCUCAGUUUAAAAGUGAAAAAAAAAAAAAGCUUUAUAUACUUAGGGAGAUUUCUGCACAGAGAAAUAACAUUGUGAUUAAUUUUAAAUGAAAAACUUAACUUUUUCAAGUGGGAAUAAGUAGAACUAAAUUUCUAUAAUAAAAUAGUAAGAUUCUAUAUGUCUUCUGAUAAACUUGGCUAUUGAGAUGGUAAUUUAAACCCAAAGCAUAGCAGUUUCUUUGUGUGUAGUGAGGUUGAAGCAGAUUUGCAGGUGAAGUAUUGAAAGUUUAUGUGACUUGAAGUAAAUCAGCUUUGAAAGGUGAUUUACUUUUUAUCCCAGAUUGUCCAUAUACCCAGUAAAGCUUCAAAAAACCAGAUAACAAUGAAUUAGUCAACCUUAUAGAUUCUUCCUUGAAUACGAAGAAUUAGUUCCAAUAAGUAUUUUAACUUUGUUAACAACUGAAAUACCCCAUAAAAAAAGAACUUGUUGAGUAUUCCUUUAAAAUUGUUACUUGCUGCCCAGGCACCAUGGCUCACUCCUGUAAUCCCAGCACUUUGGGAGGCUGAGGCGGGCAGAUCAUGAGGGCAGGAGAUCGAGACCAUCUUGGCCAACAUGGUGAAACCCCAUCUCUACUGAAAAUACAAAAAUUAGCUGGGAGAGGUGGCGCACACCUGUAGUCCCAGCUACUUGGGAGCCUGAGGCAGAAGAAUAGGUUGAACCUGGGAGAUGAAGGUUGCAGGUUGCAGUGAGCCGAGAUCAUGCCACUGUACUCCAGCCUGGUGACAGAGCGAGACUCCAUCUUAAAAAAAAAAAAAAAAAGUUGCUGUAUACCUCAGUGUAAUGUCCGUUCAAGGAGUAUUAAAUGAGGAUUUCUGUAUGAGGACAUUUACUGUAUUGCUACUUAAAUUAUGGAAGACAGUGUAUCUUCAAUUUUAAUAAAACCUAUUCAGAAAAUUACCAAUUCAGAAUUAGAAGUUCUUAUCCAGGUGCUCUAACUUCAGGGAAAUUGGAACAAUAAGUUAUGUUACAUGCAUACUCAAAUUCUUUAUUUUCUAGACUUUAAGCAGGAAAGGGUAAAUACUUUGUUUUGGUACUCAAGCCAAGCCUUACAUAUUGUCUCUCUCUCUCUCUCUGCAUGCAUAUUAAAGUGAAAAAAUUGUAUUUAUAUCUUAGUUAUUACCAUAGUACUUACAAACCUUAUCAGAAUUGCUUAUUUGACUUGUGUUACAGCUGCUAUUAAUCUAAGUCUGUUGUUUUUCUAUUUUAGUAGAUAAUUUAGUUUUAAAAUACCUAGGGUUUGAGAGCAGAUAUAUUUAUUUAAUCUGUUUAGUAAACUAUUGCUGAAGGGUUAGGCAUUUAAUAUUCCUAUUUGUCCUAAUUUUGAAGUUAAAAAUUUUGGUUACAGAUAGAGGGAGAAAAGGUCAAACUGAGUGAGAGAGAAUUUUAUGCAGGUUGAGAUAAUGCCUAAAAUAAUGAGCUGGCCGGACUGUUGAGGUACUCUUUGUAUUUUGUAACACUGACUUUGGGUAAAUGCUUUUUCACUGGUAAUAAAUAUAUAUCCUGUAUAC